AUGAAUAACUGGGAGCCUGCGUCAGGAGCGGGGGACAUGGGCGGGUUUGGCGACGGAGCGUUCUACGAUCAGCUUGGAGGUUAUGGCGCGAAUUUUGGUCCACAGCCGUCGACACACAAUCGUGUUGUGUCACUUGAUGGGCUGAAUGACGGUGCAGACCUUGGUGCAGGCCAGCUGGUCAGGCGGAAUCAAAACCAACAACUCGCGGCUAGAGGGCGCAGUCCGUGGGGAUUCAAUGAGCAAGGACAGUCGGGCGCAUGGGAGAACACGGAUGACGACGAGGAGCUGGAACGGAAGGCAGCCAUUGCUAAAAAGGACGCAUCCGCGAAGAGGAAAACUAUACCACCGUUUGUUCAGAAACUCAGCAGCUUCCUAGACAAUGGCAACAACACGAACCUCAUCCGCUGGUCAGACGACGGCAACUCUUUCAUUGUGCUAGACGAGGACGAAUUCGCGCGAACGCUUAUUCCCGAGCUUUUCAAGCACAACAACUAUGCUUCGUUCGUGCGGCAGCUGAAUAUGUACGGUUUCCACAAGAAGGUCGGUCUUUCCGACAACUCGAUGAAGGCGAGCGAAACGAAGGCGAAAGCACCAAGCGAAUACUUCAACCGAUACUUCAAACGGGGCCGACCGGAGCUGCUCUGGCUAAUUCAAAAACCCAAGAACGCCCCCGCCGGACCGAAGCGGAAAAGGGACGACGAUACGAAAGGUGACAGUGAUGAAGAGAGGAAAUUCGCACCGGAUGGGGGUGGAGGAGGCUACGUUGAGGAGCUAGCUGUACGAGGGAACAAUGAGGGGAUGGCGAUGAUACCGAGAGCGGAAUAUAACAGCUUGCGCGCGGAAGUGCGGACGCUGCAACAACAACAAAAGGUAAUAUCGAACGUCCUGGGUCAGAUACGGAGGCAGAACGACCAACUCUAUCAGCAAGCAACAGCGUUCCAGACUUUGCACGACCGCCACGAGAACUCGAUCAACGCCAUACUCACAUUCCUUGCUACGUUCUACAACCGGAGUCUCGAAGGCAACACCAACAACAUCAACAUUGCAGACAUGUUUGGAGCUGCUAUGGGUAACCAGCAGCCGCAAGGUACUGUGGUUGAUAUGGAAAACUAUCCGGAGGCUCCCAUAGCCCAAUCACCGCAAAUGCAAAAGAGGACGCCCAUGAAGCUUCUUCCGGCGCCACCCACAAGAAAAGUAGAAUCACUAUCGCCUCGCGCAAGAACUGUCAGUCCAACUGUCAGAACUGCUGCUACCACUCCUCUGGCUGCCCCAAACGAAAGGCCAGCCACCACAUUUCAACCUGGCAUGCCCCAGACACGGACCGCAGCUAGACCCACAAACACUAUAUCAACAUUCGGCGCGCCCCUCAAGGUCGAGACUAAGCCGUUAUCCCAGGAUCCUAUGUCUCUACCGGAAAACCACGAGAUCAUGUCUGCAAUCCAAAACGCGAAUGCAAACGCCACUGCCGGCGGCUACAGCCAAGCCCCGCAGAUCGACCUCCCAGCAGCUUUGAAUAGCUAUCAGCAUCAGGCUGGACAAACUCCAUUGACUACUCAGCAGCGCAAUGAUGUUCUAUCUCUGAUGGCACAUAACACUUCCGCCGCAUCCCCUAACAGUGCGUUCGCUGCGAAUACAAACAAUGCGCUCAACAACCCACAACCUCCGCCGAUGCCCAACCUCGAUCAACUACAGCAGACAGAAGCACAACUUGCCUAUCUUCAGAGGGUUUCUGAAGACCAGAACUCGCGCGUGCAGUCCCUCCAAGAACGUCUCCAGCCCCUCAGCCCCUCAGGCCAGAUCCCAGGCCUGGACGCAAAUAACUCGUACUUCGGCAACGCAGAGCUCGGCGACCCCGGCUCUUACGAUCUCGAUCUAGACUCCUUCGUGCAAGACAAUGACUUCUUUCCUUCCACCACACAAGGCGAUGGCAUCGCGACAGCGGAUCCUACAUUGCCGGAUCUGAACUAUACACUUUCCGGUGAUAACUCCGGGUUUGGUGAUGCUAAUGCGAGUGAGCCAUUCAAUUUUGGGGGUGGUGACGGGGAUCACUUAGGUGUUAAAGACGCGGGAGGGGGCACGGUGGAGAGCGUGAGUUCCACUGCGACAAGUCCGGCGAGUGCGACGGUAGAGGAGGUGGAAGAUGAGAGCAGGAAGAGGAGUCCGAAAAGGAGAAAGAAGUAG